AUGGCUAACAAAAAUGGCGGUAACACCAAGAAGGAUUCCGGGAGACGGAUUCGCCGGCAAACAGAAGGAACAACAAUUGCCUCUAGGCUUGGACAGCGUCCGGGCAGAUCUCCAGCGAAUCGUGAGAUCAACCUCAGACUUAGACGAAGCCAGCGACUCCAAAGUAUGCGACCAGAGCUGCUCUCAGCACCGCCUCCCACAGUAGAAGAAGGAGGAGGAGAAGAAGAAGAAGAAGAAGAAGCAGCAGAGGAAGGCUAUUCUGCGCAAAGUCAAGGGGAACAGACGGCAGCAUCGACUAGUUCGCCUGAUACAUCUGCUCAAAUAUCCUCUGCUCACCGUGAGCCCUCUAGGGCCCGAAGGCCAAUUCCUCCAGAUUGGAAACCACCAUUAGCCAUUGGCGAAUCUCUUGGGGAUAAUCUGAGUCGCCUGGAAGAAGCAGAGCGGUCAGUUCUUCAGUGGGAAGCUAUUGUCGAAAAUGCUCGGAUAAGUCAGCCGUUAGCAGACUUAUCUGGUCUCGAACAACAACUGAACAAAGCCAGACAUAUAUUCUCACAGAUGGAAAAUACCGAUGAAAACUUGAUGCCCGUUGAUGAGCUAGAGACAACCAAACGACAACGGAUUCAACAACGAAUAAGUCUUUUGAAAGCAUCACUCGAGAGAAGUGAGUGUCCAGUUGGCGAUAUCAACAUACGCGCUGCCAUUCAGGCGUAUGAGUCUGGGCGUAUUAAGUGCUGGGACAAGUGGGCGCUUCUGUAUGCUGGCAACGUGGUAGACUUCUGUCCUUCAUACGAGUCUUUUACCCUUGAUCGAGAUGAGAGGCUCGAUCGAUAUCACAGCAUGUACGGUGACGGCUGGCUGUGGUAUGAGGCACCUUUAGCACCAAAGGGUAACUACCAACCCGAACAGUUAAUGGCCGCCACUUGGGCCCAGCCUUCCGGGUCUUGGGGCGUCCUAGCGGACUACCAUGCUCAUGCGUGGUCUAUCCACAUGGGCUUCCAGCGUGUGAAGGGAUUUCACAGCCGCUUUGCCACAAGGCUGAAUGAUCCUAAGCGUAGGAGUACUGGAAAAGUCCUGCCAUAUGAGACGAGAAUGAGAGAACGUGGCACGCCUGAGAAAGGGACUUGCUUCGUCGAAGAUGACAAUACGGCGCCCCGAGUAUGCUUCUUUAUGCAGCUCGACAGUGGCGCCACUCAUCCUUCUCUGCACAAGACCGAUAUAGCCUAUCUGGCUAUCGACAGCAAGACGUACCCGGCGCAAACUCACACAACAGUUGUAACUGCAAGUUCAACCACAGUUGCGGCGUUGUAUGAGAUACGCGUUGACAUCUGCCGACAUAAUGGGGAGUCACUGGUGGGUGAAGAGCCAGUCUUUCCAAACGCUCGUCGACAAGUUGGUGGGAUCGUACCAGUCAUGGUAUUAGUUGACUCAACAGAGGACCAAAGCAAACCAUUGGGCGAAUGGUAUAAAGAGGCUUUGAAGAAUGGCGAGGAUGUCUCUGAGGAGGCUAUCGCCGCACGUUAUAAGGGUCAAGAUGAAUGCCGCCUGUCUGGAAUGCUUCCGUUUCAAGUGUGCUACUUCUCUGGAGCUCCUGGAGCACCAACCUUCUGGUUUGGAGAAGACCGGCGCGAUGUACUCGGAGCGGAUCGCAUGCCAGGUCAUCAACGAUGGGAACGGCAUAAGGAACCCUAUAUCGUAGAGCCUCCGGCCGAGUUCGAGAAUUUGGAUCGCCCAACGGUAAUAUUUGAACACCAGGGCAACGGCAUAAGACUUCUUGACAGGGACUCUAAGGAAGACAAGAGCACAAGCAUAUUGAGCAUUGAGAAACAAGUGGCCCUUAAAGCGGGGGAAACGUCGCAGAAAAGAACCUUGCCAGGCAAGGACAGCUCAAUCAAGUCAGCAUCGGUAAAGAGGAGGAAGAAACCGUAA